UGCUCACUCUCUCUCUUGCUGGCGCCAUGUCUGCAGAAGACCCUUUCGGAGACGCACCUGCUGCCGAGUUUGACGGCGGUACCAUUCCGGUCAUGAAGCUGAAGGAUCCCGAGCCCGGCAACGGUCUGCAGAUGCGGUUUUCUCUCGAUGAUAUCCCCAAGAUGGACCUACUGGGCAAGUCUGACCCUCAGCUGCUGGUCUUUCUGAUGGACCAUGAUGAGCACUGGAUUCUGUACGGCAAGACUGAGUGGCAGAAGGACAAGACGUCAGCGGUCUUCGACACGCCUGUCACCAUUCCCAUCGAUGACGAGUUCAAGGAGGUCAAGAUCCAGGCGUGGGAUCUGGACAAGUUCAAGCCCGACCAGAUUGACGUCAUGUCGAAUCAUGAUCUCAUCGGCACGGUCACCAUCAACAUCCGCAAGUUGGUGGACAAGCCCGAGUACUCGACCGCGCUCUACAACUCGAAGCUCUCCGGCGAUGCCGGCCAGCUCACCAUUUCUUCCACCCGCGUGUAGGCGUAGGGAAGUAGCUGAUGAGUUGUUCUUAAAGCAAGGCGGCCACCGCCAUGCAUAUCUG